AUGGAGGUCGGGGACUGCCGUUACCAGUUUCGGGUCGCGCUGCUGGGGGACACGGCCGUGGGCAAGACGUCGCUGCUGCGGAGCUACGUGGCGGGCGCGCCAGGGACCCUGGGGCCGGAGCCGGGGCUCGAGUUGGUGCCCACGGUGGGCGUCGAGUUCUACAGCCGCGCGCUGCAGCUGCGGGCCGGGCCGCGCGUCAAGCUGCAGCUCUGGGACACCGCGGGCCAGGAGCGCUUUAGGUGCAUCACCAGGUCCUUUUACCGAAACAUGGUGGGCGUCCUGCUGGUCUUUGACGUGACAAACAGGAAAUCUUUUGAACACAUCCGAGACUGGCACCAGGAGGUCAUGGCCACCCAGGGCCCCGACAAGGCCAUCUUCCUGCUGGUUGGCCACAAGAGUGACCUGCAGAGCACCCGUUGUGUCUCAGCCCAGGAGGCGGAGGAGCUGGCCGCCUCCCUGGGCAUGGCCUUUGUGGAGACCUCAGCCCAAAACAACAGCAAUGUGGACCUGGCCUUCGACACCCUUGCCAAUGCCAUCCGGCAGGCCCUGCAGCAGGGGGACAUCAAGCUGGAGGAGGACUGGGGGGGUGUCCGCCCCAUCCACAAGUCCCAGAGCCCUGGGCCCCCCAGCAGGAGGCAGCACCCAGGCCCAUGCCAGUGUUGACUCCAGGGAGGAAGGGAUUGAAGCAGUGCCAACCUAAGACCUGCUAGUGAGAUGAGGCGUGGGGUGUGUGUGGGGGGGGCGAGGAGUGUGUUAGGACCUCUCUGGAGGGCAAAUGACAGGAUGUAUCCAAAGGGUUAAUAUAAACAGCACCCUAGCACUGUUAUGCUUUCUGGAUUUUGGGGACUCUGACGCAGCCUCUUUCCAAGGAAAGUUCUAAAAGUCCGGGUGUGCAACUUCCUGUCCUUGAGCCUCAGUUUCCUCAUCUGUAAAAUGGCACCCACAAAAGACUCCACCACACAGGGAAGUUGUGGGCAUGAAUGAGAUCGUGGAUGAGAUGUGCCGCGAGUGUGGAAUGACGGAGCUGUCAUCACCAUCUUUCCUUGCUUAGCUGGGGAGUGGCUCUUUCUGGCAGGGUUCCUGGGCUUGAAUGCUGCAGCUGCUCAGCGUCUGGACGCUGCACAGGCGAGGACUGGUGUGGGGAAUUCCAGAGUGAGUCUGGCUCAGACCCCCUUAGGUCUUCAGACAAGGAAGAGUCUGGGCAUGGCAUUGAGGUCCAGUGCAUCCUGUCCCAAGCUCAGGGGCUAGCUCUGGGUCUAGGAGGAAGGGAUGGCCUGCUGCACAGUGAAACUCCCUUGCCUCCAGGUCUUUGUUUGAACUGCUUCCUGCCUCCAGUCCUUUGCAUGAGUUGCUUCCUCUGUAUUAAACAUGCCAUCCUCCCACCUCUUCAUUGUUCCGGUUUGUAAACCUUGCAACCCAGGCUUGAAUCCAUCCCCUCUGUCCCUUAGAAGGAACAGAGAGCCAAGGUCUGCCACCCAUGCGAUCCUUCCUGAAGGGCUUGCAGGCUCCGAGGUCCACUGACACCUCGUGGGUAAAGAGGGGGGACCCACCCUGUCCAGACUGGGCUGGAAUCCAGCUGAGAAUGCUUUCUACCUCACACACGGUUGAUGGAGGUUAAAUAUGAUGUGUUAAGUGUCCAAUAAAUGUUGGUUCCUUCACUAAUAAGACCUCAGUGCACAUGUAUGGCAGCCUCCAAGGCACUGGCCCUGGACCAACACUCCAUGUACCCGUGUGAAAAGCCAGGAUGAAGCCCACCACACCUCUUAGCGUGAGGCUGCCCACCUCCCAGCUCACCUCCUGCUCAUCUCUGGCCACUCUUUCCUAAUCUUGCACCUUGCUCUUUAGCCACAUUGACACACUGUCUUCUUUACACCUCUGGGCCUUUGCAUAGACUGUCAUCUCCCCUUAGUCACUCCCAUCUCUGUCUCUACAGGACUGAGGGAGUUUAGGGCAUAGUUAAGAGUUCAGGCUCUGGAGUCAGAUGGACUUUGUUGAAAUCUUAGCAUCAUCACUACUAGCUUUGUGACCUUAAAUGUAUUACUUAAACUCUCUAAAGCUUCCUCAUGUGGAAAAUGGGAUUAAA